CGCCGAAGCCACUAAAGAACAUUACCUCACUCCCUUCUCCCUAUCGCUUCCCCACGAAUCGAAAUAGACGGCGAGAGAAGAAUCCCCUUUCCCUAAUAAUCGCGCGGGGUUUCAAUUAGAAAGGAGGUGGUGCGUGCAAGCGGGUCCCACGAGUGGGCUAGCUGAUUUUUGCCACGUGCCGAAUUAUUAUUGGCUAUGUUCUAUGGUAAAUAUUUUUAGGCACGAGGUGGCCUCACCCCCCGGGUUUCCCAUUCCUCGGAUCUCUCCGUCUAGCGUCGCCGUCUCCACCCGAUCCCCCCACGAUGUUCUCGCAGGUGGCCCGCCUCGCGGCCAAGCGCCUCCUCGAGGUCCGGCGAUCUCUCCGGCCUGCUCCGCCGGUCGUCUUCGCCGCCGCCACCGCCACCGCCGCCACCUCUAGAUCCUUCUCGACCGCCUUAAACUACCAUAUUGAUAGUCCGGAUAACAAUCCUGACAUGCCAUGGGAAUUCACGGAAGCAAAUAUGGAAAGGGUCAAGGAGAUAUUAUCCCACUAUCCUUCCAACUACAAGCAAUCAGCUGUUAUUCCAUUACUGGAUCUUGCACAACAACAGCAUGGUGGAUGGCUACCUGUUGCUGCAAUGAAUGCUGUGGCUAAGAUCAUAGAAGUUGCUCCUAUUCGUGUAUAUGAAGUUGCUACAUUUUAUUCAAUGUUCAAUCGGACUAAGGUUGGUAAGUAUCACCUUUUGGUUUGUGGAACAACACCUUGUAUGAUACGUGGAUCACGUGAAAUUGAAGAAGCCUUGCUAAAACACCUGGGAGUAAAGCGCAAUGAAGUGACAAAGGAUGGCAUGUUUUCUGUUGGUGAAAUGGAGUGCAUGGGAUGUUGUGUGAAUGCUCCAAUGAUUACUGUGGCUGACUAUACCAAAGGUUCAGAAGGAUACUCAUACAAUUACUAUGAAGAUGUCACUCCGAAGCGAGUAAUUGAGAUUGUUGAGAUGCUGAGAAAGGGAGAAAAACCACCCUUCUUUGUUUGUGAUAUUGGAUCUCUUGCAGAUUGGCACACAGAAUCCAGAACGGAUAAGGAGUGGACCUGCUGGAGGAAAUACCACUUUGCUUGGGGAGCCAAAGGCUCCAUCGUGCAGGGAUCUCGGUGCCUGUUGAAUUCCAACUGAACUGUGUUGUCAAUAAUUGAAAUCAAAUUUUUUUACUGGUUUCAUAUUUGAAAGCCCCGAGGAUAAGACACCCAAUGAGGUUGUCUAGAUUCAACUGACUUUCAACAACAGUAUCCAUUCAUAUGUUUGUUUCACUUGUAAUUUAAGUCUGGGCUGGCCAUCUUGAUAACCAUGGAACUCCUUGAUGCAGAAUUUUAUCCCAUGCUGUAUCAAAUUGCACUAGUUGCCUCUUAAUAAGCCUUUUCCAGAUGGUUUCUCCA